AUGUUGAUGUUAUCGGAGAACAGCAAGACUUUAACAUCGUUCAUCAAGGCUCCAGUGCCCAUCUACAUGCAGAUCUACCUGUUCAAUGUGACCAACCCUGACGCUAUACGUUUCCACGGUGCCAAGCCCAUACUGAAGGAGGUGGGACCUUACACCUACAGGGAGGUACGGGAGAAGUUCGACCUAGUAUGGGGCCAUGAUGAUGGCUCUGUCUCAUACCAGCAGAACUUCACCUUUUUUUUCGACGAGGAGAUGUCCAAUGGUCUCAAGGAGACCGACUACAUCACUACCAUUAAUGCUGUCAUGGUUACUGUGGCAGCUAAGAUUGAGAAAUUGGGGCCAGCAAUCCAAGCAAUGGUGGAGUUAGCCUUUUUGAGAUUCAAGGAGUCACUGUUCGUCACCCGUACGGUGGGGGAGCUUCUCUUCCGAGGGUACAAGGAACCCCUGCUCAACGAGCUCACCAAGUACAUUGGAGACCCAACUAAUUCCAAGGGCAGAUUUGGCUUCUUCUACCCAGUUGCAUCCCAAGUCUUUGGCAAUGAAACAAACCCAAUACUGCGUACAGUCUGGAGUCAGCUGGAGAAAGAAAUGGAUCUUUUUGAGAGUCACGUGGUUCGUGAGCUUCUCUUCGAAGGCUAUCCUUUGCCUGAAUUCGACUUCGACUUUUCAGAAGUGUUACCCCAAUUAAAUUUCACAGAAGGUUGGAGUGGAACAAUAUAUGAGAUUUUGGAAGCGAUGGGUGUACCAGAUAUCCCUGAAUUUUUGCAAGACAACAAAAUGUGCCUCAUGUAUGGGCGGAACAACUCCAACGACGGGACAUACAAGGUCAGAACAGGCGAGAAUGGGAUGGACAACUACCUCAAUAUUGAAGAAUGGAACGGCAACCAUACCCUCAGCUACUGGAACAGCACUUACUGCAACAUGAUCAAUGGCACAGAUGGCUCACAGUACCCACCCAAAGUCACCAAGAACACAGUGCUCAGGAUCUUCACCUCACAACUGUGCAGGUCACUUUACCUGACUUUCGAGAAGGAGAUCAGUCACCAUGGUAUUAAUGCCUACCGUUUCACUGCACCGGAGGAAAUGUUACAAGCAGCUGACCAGAACCCUGACAACGCUUGCUACUGCUACCCUGACCAACAACACUGCCUGGGUAGUGGCAUGCUGAACCUGCAACCUUGUGCACAAGCUGCCAGUCACUACUCAUAUUGUCAGUGUGACAGCAGUGAUUCUAAGCUGCCAGUCACUACCUCAUAUUGUCAGUGUGACAGCAGUGAUUCUAAGCUGCCAGUCACUACCUCAUAUUGUCAGUGUGACAGCAGUGAUUCUAAGCUGCCAGUCACUACCUCAUAUUGUCAGUGUGACAGCAGUGAUUCUAAGCUGCCAGUCACUACCUCAUAUUGUCAGUGUGACAGCAGUGAUUCUAAGCUGCCAGUCACUACCUCAUAUUGUCAGUGUGACAGCAGUGAUUCUAAGCUGCCAGUCACUACCUCAUAUUGUCAGUGUGACAGCAGUGAUUCUAAGCUGCCAGUCACUACCUCAUAUUGUCAGUGUGACAGCAGUGAUUCUAAGCUGCCAGUCACUACCUCAUAUUGUCAGUGUGACAAGCAGUGA